CGGCCAGAUCCCGCCCACGCCCGACGGUCGGCUGAAAGUCCGGCCCCCCAGGCGAGUGGCCGACUGCGAGGCUCGGGGCGGAAGGAAGUGGAUCCGACCGUGUGUCGGUCAGGAACGAGGCUGCGGCGGCCAGACCGGCGCCGAGCUGUUGCCAUGGCAGCUGCCGCCGGGGGCGCAGACGACGAGCCGCGCUCGGGCGGCUCGAGCUCGGAGGGCGAGUGCGCGGUGGCGCCGGAGCCGCUGACGGGCGGUGUGGGCCUCCUGUCCUUCGUGGGGUCUGCGCUGGGAGAUGGCCCGCGUCUCGAGUUCCGGCCGGCCGGCGGGUCCCAGUCCCCGGUGCGCUACCUGCACGUCGUGUGGCAGGAGGACGCCGAGCCGCGCGGCGAGCUGCGCUGCAAGAUGCCCGCCGGCCGGCUGCGACGAGCCGCCAGGGCCCACCGGCGCUUCGGGCCCAUGGGCAAGGAGACACACGCGCUGAAGAGGCUGAGGGACUCGGCCAACGCCAAUGAUGUAGAAACAGUGCAGCAGCUGCUGGAAGAUGGCACAGACCCCUGUGCAGCCGACGACAAGGGACGCACGGCUCUCCACUUUGCCUCCUGCAAUGGCAAUGACCAGAUCGUGCAGCUGCUCCUGGACCACGGGGCCGACCCUAACCAGCGAGACGGGCUGGGGAACACUCCACUGCACCUGGCGGCCUGCACCAGCCAUGUCCCUGUCAUCACCACACUGCUCCGAGGAGGAGCCCGUGUGGAUGCCCUGGACCGCGCUGGCCGCACGCCCCUGCACCUGGCCAAGUCGAAGCUAAGCAUCCUGCAGGAAGGCCAUUCCCAGUGCCUGGAGGCCGUGCGGCUGGAGGUGAAGCAGGCAACCUGGCUCACACUCUCGUUCCAGAUCAUCCACAUGCUGCGGGAGUACCUGGAGCGCCUGGGGCGCCAUGAGCAGCGUGAACGGCUCGAUGACCUGUGCACCCGGCUACAGAUGACCAGCACCAAGGAGCAGGUGGAUGAGGUGACCGACCUGCUAGCCAGCUUCACGUCGCUCAGUUUGCAGAUGCAGAAUAUUGAAAAGAGGUAGCAAAAGGGGAUCCUGCCGUUGCCCCGCCCCCCGUCCCCACUGCUCUCAUUACUAAGCGACAGCCCCAGGCCCAGGCCCAGGGAACUGCCCUUGUAGGGCCUGGGCCUUCGUCCCCACAUGCUGCGGGACAGAAGCAUGAUUUCCAGGACCUCAGAACUGAACUUACCCCAUCCCACCGCCGUACACCUCAUCCCUGUUCUCCAUCUUCUCUGUGAGCUGGGACCAUUAUCCCCCAUCUGCUUGUCCAGCUCCUGCAGCACCGGACUAGUCUCUGAAGCCACACUUGGGUCCUGGGUGACUUAUGACAUGCUGUGUCCCGGUGGGCCUCACAUGCCCCAUGGCAUCCCAAGAGCUGUCUCUCUCUCUUCCUUCCCCACCAUAGGUCUGUUGUAGUCCACACAACAUGGGCUUAGGGUAAACCAAAGACAGCCACCAGGGCCUCCUGGUUGACCCCAGGCCUGUCACCAACGCCAACACUGAGGCUUGUCCCCUGACCUUGUAGGAGUUUCUGUGUGAAGGGAGGGUUGGCAGUGCCCAGGCCCUGCCGAGCUCAAUGCAGCCUCUCGCCCCGUUCUUCCCAGCCCCUGACCCCCCAG